GGCGGUGAGGGGCGUGCGUUCGGUGCUGCGGGGUUGCGAGUCUCCGCCCGGCGGCUCGCUUCUCGGGUACGGUGUGGGAGCGGAGCGAGCGAGGGAGGUUUGCUACUCGCGAAAUGUCGCAGGCUGCCAUGUCCGAGACCUACGAUGGAAGCAUUUUUUGUCUACCAGAUUUCCUGUUUAAGUUCUUGGUCAUAGGAAAUGCUGGGACUGGAAAAUCCUGUUUACUACACCAAUUUAUUGAAAAGAAAUUUAAAGAUGAUUCAAAUCAUACCAUAGGAGUGGAAUUUGGUUCAAAGAUCAUAAAUGUUGGUGGUAAAUACGUGAAAUUGCAGAUAUGGGAUACAGCAGGACAAGAGAGAUUCAGGUCUGUAACAAGAAGUUACUAUAGAGGUGCUGCAGGUGCUUUACUUGUCUAUGAUAUAACCAGCCGUGAAACCUACAAUGCUCUCACUAAUUGGCUGACAGAUGCAAGAAUGUUAGCAAGUCAAAAUAUUGUGAUAAUACUGUGUGGAAACAAAAAAGAUCUUGAUGCAGAUCGUGAAGUAACCUUUCUAGAAGCAUCCCGAUUUGCACAAGAAAAUGAGCUGAUGUUUUUGGAAACAAGCGCACUGACGGGGGAAAAUGUUGAGGAGGCCUUUGUACAGUGUGCAAGAAAAAUACUCAAUAAAAUUGAAUCAGGAGAAUUAGAUCCAGAAAGAAUGGGCUCAGGUAUACAGUAUGGAGAUGCUGCCUUGAGACAGCUGAGAUCACCACGAAGAGCACAAGCACAAAGUGCUCAGGAAUGUGGGUGUUAAAGAAGCAAAACACAAAAUCCAAAAUACUCACUUUAGAUACAGAAGCUGUCCAUACAAAUGGUGUUUGAAGAAAUAAAGCUUGAAAGCUGUGCAGUUUUGAAAACCAUCUUUCUGCUGUGUACAGCCAGAGCAGACCACUGCUGACAGAGAGGUGCAUCAUGUGGUGUGGAGCAGGAAUGUUCAUGUGGCACAAGCCUGCAAAGGGAACCUGCUAACUCAGUGGGAAGUGUUAAAGUGAUACCUGUAUGUAAACGUUUUCCAUUACCUAUUUUUAUUUCACCUUUAGUUGAAAGCAUUACUAUAUACUGUAAAUAAUGUAACAGUAAAUUUACAAAGCAUGAUAUAUAUAUAUAUAUAUAUAUGAUGAUAGAACAUUGCACUACAACAGUUUAAUAUUUUAUUUUUUUAUUGUAGAAACUAAAAGUUAACUGAAGUAGACUUUGUCAUGUUUGUUGCAUAAUAGUUUAUAUUUAUGCCAUGAAUUAUAAAACCACUGGCAGUGUCAGUGAGGGAUGGCUGUUUUUCUCCCCCACACUUCCCCCCAUUUCUUUUGCCACGUUCUGACAAGGUGUUUCUAUGACUGGUUCUCAAUAUGGGGUUAGUUUUGGUUGCUUGGUUUGGGCAGUGCAUCAAGUUGGAAAAGUCAUUUUUAUUGAAGUUCACCUGUUUUAACAAAAUUCUUAUAUAUCAUCUUUUGAAGCACUUUUAUCAAACUGUAAAAGUUCAGGAAAACAUAGUUAUGUUGAGAACAUAAGUCUCUCAAAUGGCUGUUAAUUGAUGUGGAUUUUGAAAUUUUUUUUUCUUGGUUCUGACGUUUUGUAUAGCACUGGUGUCAUGAAGAUAGUAUGUAUAUGUGAACAGAAUUGAGCAUCUUCUGUGUGUUUUGUACAUCUGGUGUUGGGCAUGGGCUUCCAGAAACCUGUCACAGUAGGAGUUCUAUUAACCUCUGAUUGCUAACUAAGCAAUUGCCUGUAGAAAAAUUGAUUUCUGCUGAAAUAUGCCUUGUGAGGUACAAACUGAAUCCAGGUUGGUUCUUCUAAAGUAUCCCGAAUGUAUGACUUAGAAUACUGGUAUCUUAAACGUUUAUAAAAUACAAUUAGGAACUUGGAUGGUAAAGUUAGGCUUCAAAAUCAGGAACUGAAGACUCUGUCUUGCUGGAGUCCAACCUUUUGAACUUCUGGGGAAAAUAUGGUACGUAACGCUGUCAACAUUGCUUCCAGGAAACUCAUAUGAGGGAAGAAAGAAAAAGAUGCUGGUGAUGUAGUUCAUUCUUCCUGUGAAACUCAUCAGGGGAAACAUCGGCCUUAGUGCUGACUUCAUUUCUCAUUCAAGCAAUUCAUACUUCCCUUCUGCCUUCUUAUAUGGCAAGAAGGAGAUACGGGGUGAGGACUAGGAGUUCUGUUGUCAUUGCUCAGCUGGAGACAGAAUAGACUGGCAGAGGGCUUAAGCGUGAGGACAGAACCAUGAGUAGUAUGUAUGAUCAGGUAAGAGAUACGGCUUUCAUGUUGUCAGAUAAGGAGCUGUGGAAAGUGUUUCUGGAGCUAUCUGAACUCAAACUGUUGUUACAAGGGAAAUGAUAGUUCAGUUGUAUGGAUAUAAAUUGCUAGUGAGGAUUUUACUUAGUUCCUUAUGUAAUUAGAAAUUGGAAGUCUUUUUGGAAAUGCAAGCGAAUGCAAGCAAACACAGAAAAUAGUUUAUCUCAUCAGAAAACAGUAUGAAAAUUCCAAGGAAAAACAUGCUUUAUUUUCUAUAUAUGAGUAUUUUUAAGGGACGCUUGUCAGGUACAUAUUUAAAAACUAAAUCAGAAAACUGAACUGCUGCUGUGACUCAGAGGGCAGUUAAAGCACACAAGCAAACCAAGGAUGAUACAGAGAAGACGGUAUUCCAUCUUUCAUAGAACUAGAAUUGUGUGGAAAAAAAUAAUUGUCCUGACAUUUUUGUUUCAAAUGGAUGUUUGUCUUAAAAUGAUAUACCUUGGCCAUCUCUGAAAUAAAAAUAUGAAAUAAUUAACCCUAGACUUUUCCAGUACACAGUAAGUUUUUAAAAGACUGUAGAGUCCAAAGCCUUGUUAGAGCUUUCUGCUGUGUCCGAUGUUAUGCAACAAAUCUAAAUCCUAAAUAACUAAUAAUAAUUCUUCCCAAGGCAUAUUCUCUUCUUGAUAAAAUUCAGUGUUUUGUUGUUUUGGUUUUUUUUUUAGGCGUCUUAAUUCUGCAUUUACAGGGACAUAAAAGAACUCUGAAUAGACCUUACCUGUCAGCCAUAAUAACUUAAUUUGGCUUCCACUACUCCAAAACCAGACGGAGGUACCAAAAGCAGUCCCUUGAAGUAGAGGUUAGAUGCAGUUAGAUGCAGUCUCUACCAGUCCAAAUGGCCUGUUGUUCAACUGUGAUGUUUUGCCAUCCUCCUGAACUCUUGCAAAAAUGCAGAGUGAAGGGGAAUAUGUCAGUUCUGAAACACCAAACCAUUACUGAAAUGCUGGAAAAAAUAAUAGAGGAAUCCAUUUCCCCUUCAUCUAAUCAGAUUUCUUGGUACACUGAUAAAGUGAAGGCUGAGCACUUACCAGUUCUGACAUAGCACAGAGCUAGAGGUCUCCCCCUGUCACUUGAAGUGGUUGAAGGGGGGAGUUGGCACUUGAUUAAAACUUACUUUUAUUAUUAUGCUAGCAGUUUGAAGAAUAAGGGGAGUGGUUAUUUAGUUCUGUUGCUUCUGAAUAGUCCCCUAAUGAAAGAAACAGGGACUUUGAAGUGUGGUUGGUUUUUCCUGACUUUUAAAAAAAUGCAUUUUCUAUUCCUUUUUCCUUUAUGUACAAAUUGGCUCUCUGUUUUAUACUGGUUCAUAUGGUUAAGCAGCAGGAAGCAGUUUCAUUGUUUGGUAACAACUUGUCUUACGCUGUCUCCUUCCCAGGACGAAGGAAAAAAUACUUGCAUUAUAAUCAGUUGACAUGUUUCUACUAUUUCUUUAAAUAUAUGUUCCUGCUACCUUAGUGCAACUUAACCAGGUUAAUGUUUUGUAGUCUUGUACCCCCGUGCUGCAUCUCAUUGACAUUUUGAAAAGAAACCUUCUAAAAUGGCAAUUCCAGAGGGCAAUACUUGGGAAGCAAUACUGUAAGCAACAGUGUUUACUAGUUCUCCUCUGAGAAUUUAUUUCUAAAAAUAAACAUUAUGCCCAUAACAGCUGUGGAAUCAAUUUCAAGCUUUAAUAAACCUAGCUCAUGAAAAUAUUAAGUGAAAAAUAUGUUCAACUGCAUAUGACUUCUAGUGUAAAAUUAAUUUACCAAAGCAAAAUGGCUUAAUUUUAUGUGAACUAAUUCCAGGCAGCCAUAUCCUAGGAUUUACUGAAUACAGAGUUUCAACUCUUCCAGUCCCUUAGAAGAUCUAAAUGUCUUAUUAAAAUCUGUUUUGCCUUUCAGUGAGGCUACUGGCUUAUAUUCCAUUUCAUGCUUAUAUCUAACAAGAAAUAAAGAGUCUUUCUUAAUUUUU